AUGCCCCGCAGGGGCCUUCGGAUGCCUUCCGCAUCUCCACUGGGCCCUCUCCACGCGCCGCCGAGGCUCGCGGCGGCGGCAGCGGAUUCCCCCUGCAAGCUGGGCUUCGCACGUGCUCAGCCAACCGCCGUCGAGACACCGUGGGGCCGCGCGAGAGCUGAGACGCCGAACGCGAACGACGAUGAAUCGGGAAAGCGAAUGGCGAGCAAGCGAGGGAAAGGCGGGAAGAGGGAAGAGGUGCCGGAGGCAGACGCGGUGAUGUUCGAGCAGCACUGGAGCGAAGAAGCUGCGCAAGAGGGGCUGAAACGAGGGCUCCUCGUGAAAGGUUUGCUCCAGAUCCCCGCGUUCCAGACUGACCGCUCGGUCAUCCUUGUUGACCCUUCGAUGUGCCCCCCGCGCGUCCUGGCUACCGUCCCCCACAAGCGCGUUCGUUCCUCUGCCGCAGCCGUGUCUUUGCCCGUCUCUGCAUCGACGCCUUCUUCUUCAGCUGUGCCCGGGACUGCGUCCCAGGGCUGGGUGUUGCAGUUCGACUUGGGAGGCUUUCUCGCACGAAACCGCGCGCUGCACGGCGACAUCGUCGCGGUCACUUUCCUCCCUCGCUUCUACUCGGAGCGUGUCCUCAGGAAACGAAAAAUGCUUUUUCCCUCUGCCUCUUCAGACGCACCGUCCUCUCCACUCUCGCCCUCUUCCAGCCAUUCCUCCACUCCAGCUUCGUCUGCUGUUUCUUCCUCUCCUUCGGCCGAUUCAGCGGGGGAGUCCCACUUACGCCCGCACGCGGACCCAGCUCUACGGGAGGGCCCUCAGGGCGGGCUGUCGUCCUCUGCUGGAAGUAGCCCUUCUGGUCUGCAGGAGACGCCUUUGAGGUGCGCGGAGAGCGACGAACACGGCAGCGCGUGGACAAAGGAAGAAGGAGACCGCGCAUGCGCGGAAGGGAUGCAAGCAGCCGACGAGGGAACGCACGCGAGAGACGCCUCGCCGCCCCUCGAGCUCCUUCCCGCGGGCCGGGUCGUUCGCAUCCUCGCGUUCGGGAAGGAAUCGAACGAAAUCGUUUGUGUGGUUCCGCCUCAGCAAGCGAAGAUCGACGCCUUUCUCCGGCGCGUCGAAGAAAAACAGAGGAACGGCCACGCAGCCGAGCCGCGAGGGAAGACGCGAAAGGCGGCCGAGAAGGCGCAGAAACUCGAGAAGCUUGCGAGACCGCAGAACGCCGAGCAACCGCAAGGGCGGGGCGACGCUGAGGGAGGCUCGGCUGUUGAACGCAGCGAAGGCAGAGAAGGGGACGGUGGCGACCGCAGAAGAGACGGGGAGACAAAGGAUGUGAGGAGAGGAGAGCCCGACGAAACGAGAGGCAGUUUCAAGAUGCGCGCAAGUGAAGAAGACGCAUUCCUCAAGGCCCAACCUCGGAAGCUUAGCCCUCUCGUGCACAUGCGUCGCUUCCUCGGCCAGAGCGGCAGCGAAGAGGCCUCGCGAAAGAGAGGCAAACCGUCUGGAUUGUCCUCUGUGUUUGUGCCUCCCGCGGAAUUCAGAGAUUCUCGCCUUCCACCCUUCCUCGUGCCCAUCGCCCUGCUCUUCGAUCCGCCACCAUCGCCGUACUCGGACGAACUGACCUCGCCACGUUCGCCUCUCCCUCCAUCUUCUCUCCCUCUUUCUUCUCUCCCUUCUCCUCCGCUCUCGUCUCCUCCGCUUUCGUCUUCCUCUUCUUCUCUCCCUUCGUCUCUUUCUUCGUCGGAGCCGGGUACUUCGGCUUCCAGUGUUUGGACAUCUCAAGACAUCGACGGAGAGAGAAGAGGUACAAAGCGCUCUGCUCCGCGGGAAGCGGACGCACAUGCGCCCUCGUCUGUCGCGUCGUCGCCUCUCCGACCUUCAGCUCUUCUCAGAGCAAUUCAAGGUGUCUGGGCACAGCAGCCGACUUCCACAGAUUCUUCGCUCUCGGCGAGUGCCCUCGUUGUCCUCCGUCGUGGUCCUUGGGUUGCCUCCCGCGCCUCCCCGUUCGCCCACGUCGACGCCGGCGCCUCCUCUUCGCCUUCUUCUGUCUCUUCUCAGCCGCUUCGACCUCGUGCUCGUUGCCUGGGCGGCAAGGGAUCCGGGGACAUUCUCGCGGAGGCUCUGGCGACGCUUCACAUGGAAGGAUUGCCGCAUGCGUGGGGCUUUCCAUUGGACGUUGAGGCGAAACUGAACGCCGACCUCACUCGUGUGUGCCCGGAGACAGGAAGGCCUCUCUGGCUGGUCAGCGCGGAACGCGAUCCUCUGCGCCUGGACUGUCGCCCGCCGAACGCGUCCAGCGAGGCACCAGACGCGCCGGGCGAGCGAGAAGACGCGUGGGGCGAUAGGGCCUCCUUCGUUAAGCGCGAGGCGCGCGGCGACCUUGAGAAAGCGCCUUCGUGUGCCGACACUCCAGCAUCUUCGCUGGCGUCUCACUUUGCGUUUCCAUCUUCCCGACGCGCUUUGAGUGCUUCGUCGAACUCGCCGUACGAGGCGCCUUACACAACGCAGCUUCGGGCCUUCACGAUUGACCCUCCAACAGCAAAAGACCUCGACGAUGCGAUAAGCGUCGUGUGUCUCGGAGGCAGGCACCGAUCGGAAAGGCGCGUUGCAGCGGAAGCGACUCGACACGGAUCUGGAGACACUCCGAGGCCGACUGAGGCGCCUUUUCCGCGUUUGCGCGGCGCUGCGGCCGCGGGGGCGAGCGGGCAAGGAUACUCGGGCCUUGGCGAGGCUUCGAUACAGGCCGACUGCGUCACCGAGGCCACUGGAGGCAAGGGAGACGCAACGCCUCCCGUUCCUCAUGUUUCCCAUUUCGUCGAAGAAGGUUCCGCCCUCGAUGCAGAGGCCGCGAUGAGGGCCACGACUGUCUACCUCGAUGCAAAGGUUUUCCCCAUGCUGCCCCCGGCGCUCAGCGAAGGCGUCUGCAGUUUGCACUCUGGCGUCGACAGACUCGCCUUCUCCGUCUUCAUGACCUUGAACGAGAAAGGCGAACUCCUCAACCCCUCCGUGCGACCCCCACAGCUGGCCAAGACGAUCAUCCGAACAGCCGCCCGUCUCGACUACGCCCAAGUCGACAGUUUUCUUCUUGCGGUUCCAGGCUCGCUUGGAGGCUUUCUUUCUUCCUCGCCAUUCGCUUCGGCCUCGCGCGCCUCGCUGCUGUGGGAUUUGCUUGUUCGCGACUGGCCGCGCAUGCCCAGCGGCCGCGGCGCUUCUGAGCCGGGCGACGACGCGUCCUUCUGGAAGGCCGCAAGCGUGGCAGAUUUCCCGAGGCCGCUCCGUCGGGACGCUGGCGGGGGAAGCGCGGAGGAGGCGCGGCUUUGGCGGGGGACCAAAGAAGCAGUCAAGGCCCUCAUUGGCGAGAUCGGUGUCCGAUUCGACAUUCCAGCCCCGGUCGCCGUCGACCUUAUCACCACGUAUUUCCUCACUCUGCGGCGACAGCGGCGGCGCCAGAAGGAAGGCGCGAUUCACCUGUCGAGCAGCGGCCGUCUCUCGCUCUACUUUGCCUCGGACAAGGAGACACUGCGUCCCGUCUCGCUCCUCGUCCGCGAGUCGAAUCCACUUUCCCAUCUCCUCGUGGAAGAAAGCAUGGUGCUGGCCAACCACUGCGUCGCGGAGGAAAUUCUGGCUGCUCAACGAGAGGCAUCGCGAGGUCGCCAGGCGAUAGCGGCGGGGCACAGUCGCGAACUGGAAGGGCGCGAGAAACGGGGAACAGAAACGGUCGAGGGAGACGUGGGAGCAAUGAAGCAAGAAACGAAACAAAGAGAGGAAACAGAAGAGGAUGCGGAAGCCCGGGAGCGUCGCGGCAUCCGAGGCGGAGAGAAGGACGCAUGCGGCCACGAGAGAGAGAAGAAAGACAGUUCGAGGCGAGAAGGAGAGGCGCGAGUCUGGGAACAGCGAGACGCCGAGCCUUCACGCGUUGUGUCGAAGGAGGCAGGUCAGUCCAGCGAGAGGACCGGUGCAUGCAUCGCUCCACCAAGCCGACGCGAGUUCGGCGAAGCCCGAGGAGCCUCUGGAGAAGCCAUGGCAGCCUUCUUGAGAGAGGAAGAGAGGAAUCGAGACAGCGCGAGCGCGGGCGAAGGAAAAACAACAGAGCCGGAACUGCCGAAACCGGUCGCCUUUGGCGGCCUCCUCCGAGCGCAUGCAGGCAGCAACGACGGCGCCAUUCGAUUUCUGAGAGACACUCUCGACCCAGGCCUCUGGGAGGCCUUCCAAACGCACAUGCAAGCUGCGCCGCGUCUCGAGGACGCGCUUAAGCGGGACCGCCCAGAGAGCCGAGGCGAAUCGAAUGGCGAUGCAGGGGACGACCAGGAUGACGUCAGCGGCAUCAAGCUUAGCCACCUUCUCGAGUUCUGCAAAGCACGGCUUAGUGCACCUGUUUACAAUGCGCUUUGUUUCUCGGUUCUCCAAGAAUUUUUCCUCCAAGCCCAGUACGUCUCUCCAGCUGUGGCAGCCCGACAGCCUGCGGCUCCUCCUUCAGGACGUGCAAGCAAGGACAGAAAGGAACAACACAAGGACGCAACAGAGUCAGAGACAGGAGGUUCCUCGAAACGCUCCUCAGUUCACCGAACGUCUCAGCCGGCCGACCUAGGUCACUGGGCGCUCUGUCUGUCGAGUUACAUGCAUUUCACCUCACCGAUUCGGCGCUAUGCGGAUCUCCACGUGCAUCGCCUUCUCUCCAAAAGGCUGAGAGGCGAGGCCCUCACCGUCCCCGUCGACACGCUCGAGGCUGCGUGCCGCCAGUGCAACGAGAACAGCCGGAGAGCAGACAGCGCACAGGUUGCAUUUCGGUCUUGGUAUUUCAACGCGUUUCUUCGGGAGUUUCACCGCGAGGGCCUUCUCUACUCAGAAGCGUCGAUUUUGAAAAUUGUCGUUCCUGCCUCGUCCUCCUCUGGCCCGCCGACCCCGUCGGCUCCAUCGGGCGCAGGCGACCCCGCGGGAAGCAGCGACACCGGCGAGCUCGACGAAGGAAAAAGACACGAAAAAGAAGGAAACGAGACGCGCGUCGAACUAAACGCCGACGAAGAUGCAGAGAGAGAAGAACCGGGAAAGACAGAGGACGCAGUGGCAAGUGGUGAAGCGCGCGCGUGGGAGACACCGCCGGCUCCUGAGAAGUCCAGUCAGGGACCGAAGAGAGAAACCCAUCGUCCACGCGGCAAGCGACAGGACUCCGACGACACCGGGAGAAGGGAACAAGUCGAGGGAGAGACAAAAGAUAAAGACAAGAUUCGCGCAGCGUUGGUGAUCUACAUUCCACUUUUGCAGGCGACGCGUAGCGUCAGUCUCGCCACUUUGGGUCUCGAGAUUGUUGAAGGCGCGGACGUCAAGGCCGAAGAGCACGAAGAGCGAAAGAAACAAAGAACGGCCGGAAACGGAACAGAGAGCGUUAGCGCCCUUAAUGUUCGCCGCCUCCGCAACGGGAACGGGUUUCAGGAGUCAGAUGUUUCUGCGGCCACGUCGAGAUCUUCUCUGUCGAAGGAGUCCGCGAGGCUGCUCGGCGGCGCCGCGCCUCCCGAGCCGUGGGGCAAAGACGAAGUAAAGCGUCUCCGCGCGCUCUCUCCCUUGCAGGUGAAACUCGUUCCCGGAGAGACACAGUGGUCAGUCCGCCUACCCUUCUGGCUACCGUCCCCCACAGGGCCUCCCGACGGCUCCAACGCGAAACUCUGA